GCAGCUUCUCCGGAAAAUCUAAUUUUGGCUCGCUCUGCUUUUCUCUCUCUCGUCUCCACCCCUCACAGAUAACACGCAGCUCCCUCUCUAUCUCUCUCUUAAGAACCAGCUAAAUCCCAGAUAAGAUUCUUCCUCGUCAUCUUUCUUACGUUACUGUCUCGUUCAUCCUCUCCAAAAAAUGGCGCCACGUGUUUGCCAACCGAGCUCUCUCCUCUUCUCGCCUCGCUUACCAUGCUUGCCACCUUGUUCGUAUCGAACCCAAAAGGAUAUAACGCCCCUCUUUUUGUUGUUGUCAAGCUGCACAGAGUGUGCAGUUUGUUGGGUUGGUCUUAUCCUGAGCAAUGGCACCACCGAGGACUAAGUAUGCGAUUCCUGAGGGCUGGGUGAUGCAGAAGAAGGUUGAGGGUGAUGGGACUGAGGUCGAGUGCUUCGUCUGUAUUGCAACAGGACAAGAAUUUUGUACCUAUAAUGGGAUGAUGCGGUAUGUGCACUAUGCUAUAGCUAGAGAAGCUUCCAUCUACUCGCCGGAUUUCAGUCCACCGAAGAAAGUAGCGAGCUCUAAGCGGGGAAGCAAUGCACCGAAGAAAGUAGGGAGCUCUAAGCGGGGAAGCAAUUCACCGAAGAAAGUAGCGAGCUCUAAGCAGGGAAGCAAUGUACCGAAGGAAGUAGGGAGCUCUAAGCGGGGAAGGAAUGCAUUGAAGGAAGUAGGGAGCUCUAAGCAGGGAAGCAAUCCGAGCUCAAAUUUGAAAACAAAUUUGAAAAUAGAUCACAAGCUCUCUCUUAAAAAGAAGAAGCCAGUUAUUUCAAAACCCGCUAAUUUGUUUCUCUCCCCUCUCUCGUCUCUGGUCUACCCCCUAACCAGUGGGGAUUGUUUGUAAUUUUACAUUAUUAGUAAGUGACUACCAAUUGCGUUUGUUCUGGAAUAUUUUAGGAAAAACCCAAACGUCCUUUGACUAUCUCCUUAUAUAUUAAAACUACCAUGGUGAGAUUAUAAGGUCAAUUAAUAGGUUAUCAUUUUUCAUUUUGUUUCAUGCCUAUUUUACUCUCAACAGUUUUUUUUUUUAUUUUUUUGGGUCAACCAUCAUUUUUUCUAAUUUAAUGUUAUUUAUGUAAAAAUUUGAUUUUUAACUUAAAAAUUAUUAUAUUUGAGUCGUAUAUAUUGGUAAUGUGGAUGAGUUGAUACCGAAUGUGUAGAUAAUGUGGAUGAGUUUGAUAUCGAAUAUGUAGGUAAUGUGAAUAGGUUUGAUACCGAAUGUGUAGUUGUUGUGGUUGGGUUUGAUACUG